AUGGCAGGAACUAAGCGCAAAGCCGACACCUCUCGCAGCUCAAGCUCGCAAACCACGGCUUUAUCUGAAAACUCAACGCAGAGUCAGCCACGCGUGGCUACUCAUGGCAGAGGAACCCGUGGGAGUAGCCGCCUUGCUGCAUCUGACACGCCUUCUGCGGUGUCUGAAGACAAUGUCCCAUCAGAAUCUACAGGGAUCACUCCAAGAUCUACCCUUGCAACUGAAGAGCAGGAACCACGCCCCAAGCGGCUAAGACUGGUUUUUCAAGCCGGAAAACAAAAGGCCCCUAGAUAUUCCACUAGAAGCAAGGCCCCGACGGAUCCUUCUCCAGCCAAAUCUCCCCAGCUCUCACGCCGCCAGUCAGUGGAUGGCUCGUCCUCUCAACCCGCGAGCAAUACGAGGAGGCUCACUCGUCAGCUCUCUAGUAAAAGCAGUACUUUUGACUUCCCUGAGCCUAAAGUCGCUGCUGAAGCCCUGGCCACUCCUACACGAAAGGCGGCAGCCACAGCGACAGCCACAUCAUCGCCGUCCAAAUCUCUUCGAGGGCGUAAGCGUCCAUUGGAAGACGCCAGCAAAGAGGAAACCACCGAGACUGAAAGUCCUCCCUCAGUGCUGAAGAAGCCAAAGCUCGAAGAUGACGAGGCAGGCUCACGCGUUUCGCUAGAUGACUCCAACACGGUAGAUGGUUCACAAAAUGCCAAAACCGACAGCCCCGCGCCUAUUUCUCAGGAGACUCCGGCAGAUGAACCCACAGAUUUUAAAGCUACCGACAAUAUUGACGGUAGCAUAGCAAAUCCAACCGAAAGUGGCUCUACUCCAAACACCAGAGGCCGAGGCGGCCGCGGUCGAAGCACUGGACGCGCUCGUGGAUAUCGUGGGCGAGGCCGUGGUGCAGCCCGAGGCGGAGGAGCAACACCCCGGGGAUCUGGCCGUGGACGAGGCCGAGGAGGCCGUGGCGGCGGUAAAACUGGGAAACGCGGCGACGAUGACUCGGAUUUCGAACAGGAGCGCUCCCCUUCUCCCGUUCCAGCAAGCCAGAAACUGCUUGACCGGCAAAAGGAGCUGAAGCAGAGUUGGAAGCGGCUAGCGGCUACCCAGCGACUUGUGCUUAAUGCCAUUGCAGGGCGUACUCAAACCCGGCUGACGAGAGAUAAAACUGCUCAUCGCAAGGCUGAAGAAUUUGAAGAAGUGCAAGAGGGUCUUCAGGCUGCCUUGGAGAAGAGACUCGAAAGUUUAGGAAACGAGUACCGUCUCCGCGUAGAAAUGGCGCAGAGGAUUUUAGAAGGCCAGCAGCAGAUUACCAAGGAUCGCUUUGAAGCGAAUGCAACUAAUGCCAGAGAGGAGCUUUUCUACGCGGCAAGAGGAGACUAUAUGGCUCUGGUAGAAGGUGUUCAACAUGCAGAAGACGAUGAGCACACCGAGCCUGACGUGAACCGGCCUGAGCCAGCAGAAGUAACUGAUGCAGAAACUGGCUCCAACUACGAACCCUUGUACCAUGACGAUUUCCCAUACCGUCGGGGAUAUAAUUCCAGGUUUCUGCGAGAGCCGUCAGGAGCGGCCUCGUAUGAGUUGGGGAGGAACGACUGGGAAGAGUUUCUUCAGCGAGUCAAAAUGAAGAAGAUCAGCCAGGAGGAAUCUGCACCGCCUGGCCCUGAUUCCCUGGACAUCUUGUUACAGGCCGUGAAUGUAGUCGGCCAAGCCGUCUCUUCUGUAGACGCCGGCCUUUCUGCUUUGGCAGACGUUGCAAGCAAUGCGCAGCCAGCUCCCCCACAGCAACAACCACUUCCUCCUAUGCAGCAGCAGCAGCCAACACAGGCAGCUACAGAACCACCUCCAUAUCUUCUUCCUCAACCGCCACCAGUCAGGCCGGUGUUGCCUACAUCCUACAACCUUCCUAAUCCUUUUACCACGGGGAGAGGACCGCCUCAACUGCCGCCACCUCCUGGUGUAUCCUUUUCUCGUCCAGGUCCUAACCUGAAUGGAUUCUUUCAAGGACCCCAACCCGCCCAACACCAAUACCAGCCCGGGCCAGCAUCAGGUCCACCUCCGGGUCCAGCGCCAUAUUACUUUCCUGGACAUCCACCUUCACGGCAACCCUCGCCUCGCCAUCAUCCAUACUGA